GCUCUAAAUCACCCACAUAGAUGCAGCUGUCCCUGUGUAAAAGUACCUCCCUGCGCUUUCAUCCCAGAUGCUGGUUUCCCCAGGUGGGCUUCACUCCCGUGAAGCAUCCAAGUGUUCAAGGGUGAUCAGCUGAGGCUUUUCUCUGUGCAUGGUAAGCCUGGAAUUCAGCUUCAGAGGAUGCUAUUGGACACCCUAGGGACCCUCUUUCAUCUGGAGACAGCUUUGGGAGGUGCAAAAAGGACAGGCACUGGGUGCUGCCCAGGCCUCUGGCCCAGUAUUUGAUUGACCCUCACUGGCCUCUAGGGAAUCUUGAAGGGGAAACCUGUGGAGCUGGACAGUUAGAAGGAACUCAGUAAACGUUUCCAGAAUGCUUGUUUCUGGGCUCGCUUUCCUUUUCUGAACCCGAAUUUCACAGGAAGGAUGAGGAUGGGAUUGGUAUUGGGUCUGUGAAGAUCCAUCUCUUUUUUUGUUCCUGAAUACUCUUGACUUGAUAUGUGUUGUUAGUCUCUGUACCAAAGAAAUUCUUGACAGCAUCUAGGUGCUUCAGUGUCCCAAGUAACUGGGUUAAUGUUUUAGGGAAGUGUCUGAAGGAACAGAGAUGGUGAGUCCCCACGGCAGGAGUAGGUUGACCUUUUCCAGAUUCCUGGAACUCUCUGUGACUUGUGUUCUUGGGGCUGGCUGGUGCUUGCCUCAGAACCUCUGGUCUGCGGUCAACAGUGGCCGUUCUCACAUGCAGGUGGACACAUACGCCAUCUUAGAGAGUACAUGUAGCUGUGUGGCCAACAGCUAAAGGCAGACCCUGUUACACUGAUGGUUCUUGAUCUUGUGGAAGAAAACCUGGGUCUGAGGUACCUAGGGCAGUCUAGAAUAGCGCCUCGCAGAAAGGGCUGGAACCUGGAGCCAUCAUAGCCUUGGUGAUCAUUCUUCAGAAAUAAGAAGGACUGUUACCAAACGAGGCAGGUGGAGGACCCACUCAGCGCUUUGCGCUUAGAGACGCUGGUUAGCAGCCCAGGCCAUGCGCUUAGAAAGAUGGCUCAAUCAGCCAUGCCCCCCUCUCCUCCACCAUCCCGUCUGUUCCUUCACUGAGAGGGAGCAAGCUCAAUGUACUUGGUGGAACAGUUUCCUUUUCUGCGUUGAGGGUUUAUCUUGGCAAUUAUAACAUCACCAAUGAUGCAACAGCCUGCAAAUUAAAGCCCUUUGUGAAAGGCUGCGCGCUGGUUGAGCAAGGCCCCUGACUCACUCCCGCCAGCGGAGUUUUCUAGCUGACCUUGCCGUGGUCAUCAGUGGGUUCCGAGAUGCAGGUCUAAUUGAAGCGUGGGCUGGAAAGGCGCGGUCAGAGUGCUCAGCGUUAUUUUUACCCAGCUUAAAAAUCACACAUGCCUCAUUAUUUCCAUUGUAACCCAGAUGGCAUUGGGGCUGUUAAAAGUUGUUUAUUUUUAAUUUGUAUUGAGGAAUGAGAGCACGCUUGGGAUUCAAGUCAAACAUAACAAACAAUGUCAUUGAGAUUUCCUAUAAUGUUCCCUUCUUGUUUUCGUCAGGUAUGCCUGCAUUUCACAGGGUGAGCACAUUGUUUGAUAUCCUGUUAUUUUUCUAAAUUUUAUUUGAGUUGAUUUUUAUCCAGAUUGGACUCACAGUGAAUGUCGAAAGACCCUGACCUUUGAUCACAGUUACAUAAGAGGUUUUUUUUCAGUUUCAAAAUGAGUUUUUAUUGCCACCACCCCCACUCACCUCUCACGUUUCUUUGCAACUAAUUUUCCCGUUGUUAUGAAGGGGGAGGAUUUUGUUUCUCGUAUGGCUUUAAUUAGAGUUUGAGCUUGUUUUUUAAGUUUAGUGGGGAUUUAAGAGAUGCCAUUCGUUAAUAAUCCAGGCUUUGAGGACGGGCUUUCACUGGAGUUUGGGUGUUUAUAAGCCUUUCAAUUAUCAGAACAUGGUGUAUUUUAUUAACUUUCUAGGGAUCUUAAAUGUAAUUAAGUAGCCUUCAAAUAAACCUUCCGCUUUAGUCAUAAGGCACACGGCACAAUAAAUGAUACUCACCGGCAUGCACUAUUAAGAAAGAGAACAAGAAUGUUAAAGGCCAGACUAGGGAGGUUGGGAACACUCAAGAACUCUUCCUGCCAUGCCCCGUCCCCGGCAAGCUUCUUUUUUUGUAACUGAUGUUGUUUUGUGUCUUUGCUACUGUGCUGUAAACCAAUUGACUGUGAUGUUGGUGUCCCUAAGACUUUGGGGAGACUGAGGUUGUAGCUCAGUUGGCAGUGUUUGCUGUGCAUUCCCAACUUCGUGGGUCCUCUCUCCAGCACCCCUAACCCAAUGUCACCAUGUGCACCUCUAAUUCCAACAUUUAUACAGUGGAGGCAGGAGGACCAGAAGCCCAUGGUCAUAGAAAGACUCCAGGGGAGUUACUAAAUUGAUCAAUUAUCUUUUCAAAAAUGUCACAGAUAGGAGCUAGAGAGACGGCUCAGUGGUUAAGAGCCCUUGUUACUCUUCCAGAGGACCUGAAUUUGGUUCUGAGGCCUGACAUCAGGCAGCUCACAACUGACUAUAACUCCAGCUUCAGAGGAUCCAACACCCUCUUCUGACCUCCACAGGCCACAAGUGGCAGACACUCAUGCAGUCAAACGCAUAAAUAAAUCAAUAAAUUCUUUUUUAAAACUUUUUCCAUGGGUAGUAAUGGUUCCCAUUUUGAAGCAUCUCUAUUUAGGUUUUUUUUUAAAAAAAAACACAUUUCUGUAUACGCCCACCCCCCCCCUCUCCCCAUGGGCUCCAUUUUCUCAAGCUGUGGGGUUGUUUUAAGGGGUGGCCCUGUGUGUCCUGCCUGUGUCCAUCUUGUGUUACAAACACUUGCUCCUGCGGAGACUGCCAGUCACACUAGUUCAUAUUUCAGUCAGCAAAGUAGAUGGGUGCAUUAAUAAAAUGCAGGGCUGUCAUCCGAUUUAUUAAGUUUAAAUCUAAUUUCCAAGUAAUCCCCUGUUGGACUUGGAAUCCGUUCCUUCCCUGUAAGCUGGAUCGGGUUUUGACACAUUUGUUCACCGACGCAUCCAAACAGAAAAAGUGGGUCAGUUUGUUGCUGGGAUAGGGCUAAUCUGGCAGCGUAAGAGAUGGCUCAUGGGUAUGUGCCCACGUGUGCACCAAGCACGUGUUUCUCCUAGGCCUGCAUGUACUUUGGACUGCUAAGUGACUGCAGGCCCUGAGCUGGGCACUCGGGAACUAGAGUGUUUUGUUCUCCCUGUAAACCAUCAGUGGGUUGAAGUGCUUCUGCACAGACCGGACAACCUGAAUUCAGUCUGCAAUUCCCACUGUGGAAGGAGAGGAGCAGUUUCGAAAGUUGACCUCUGACCCUCUCCAUGCGUGCCCACACAAUAAUAAUAAAUAAAGUAAAUAAAAAUAAAAAGGCCCUUUCCCCUAAACGUACCCCUAAGGAGGCAAAAUUCACUUUCUGGAAAUGUCACAGGUCAAGGCUGGAGAGAAGGCGCAGGGUUCAGAGCUCUUGCUGGUUUUGCUGAGAACGGGUGCCUUCAGUUCACAGCACCACCUCGGGCAGCUCCCAGCCAGCCUCGUCGUCGUGGAUUUUGAUGUCUACACAAGGAAGAUGCUCAGUGCUGGGUGCAGAGUGCUUGCUCAUUUCUGUUUCUGUAGAGUCUGCACUGCCACACUGACCUCAGAGGUCAGAGGUCAGAGCAGCACAUGCUUUUCUGUUAUUACUAUAGGGAAACCCCUGUGGGGUAAACUGUCUAAAAUUUAUGUCGUCUAUUGAACUCUUUUGCGGGCGUUUCUUAGGUCAGGUCUUGUUUUAAUUGCAGAGAGUAUUUAGGUCAUCUGACUUAAAUAAACUCCAAGGAUCUGUGCUUAUGAAAUACAGCUCCUGCCUGUAGCAGGUUAUAAAAAAGCGUGUGGUGGCAGCGGUGGUGUCUUCACAGUAGGCGUGGGAAAGUAUGUCAGCUGGCGUGACGCGAUGCCUGCUCUUCAAUUUCUCUUUUUUAUUUGUGUCUUUAAGCAGUCCUAUCAGCUAAUGGGUGUAAUGGAGUUAAUGGCACUAACAGAGGUAGCAUCGUGGAAUCGGCAUUUUCAUGGCAGUUAUUCACCAAAAAAGAAACACAGAUGGUGACUGAGAUAUCCAACACGGCCUUGGUCCGCUUCAGAGAGGCACCUGGCAGAUUUAUCCUGGACUGGACAGCGGAAGGGAUAUUGAUGGAUGAGAAGCCGAAGGUUUUCAGACCUGAAAGAAUACUGGGAAAGUGAUUUGUUCUCCCCCAGUGGGUCUGUAGGGUAAGGUCCUUUCUGAUGCAGCUGAGGAAAAUGCAGACCAUCAAAAAGGAGCCAGCACCCCUGGAUCCUCCCAGCAGCUCAGACAAGAUGAUGGUGCUGAACUCUGCCUUAGCCGAGGUGGCGGAGGACCUUGCCUCGGGUGAAGAUCUGCUCCUGAAUGAAAGUAGCGUGGGGAAGAACAAAUCCUCCGCGUGUCGGAGAAAACGGGAAUUCAUUCCCGACGAGAAGAAAGAUGCCAUGUAUUGGGAGAAAAGGAGGAAAAACAACGAAGCUGCCAAGAGGUCUCGGGAGAAGCGCCGGCUCAAUGACCUGGUUUUGGAGAACAAGUUGAUUGCACUGGGAGAAGAAAAUGCCACUUUAAAAGCCGAGCUGCUCUCUCUCAAAUUAAAGUUUGGUUUAAUUAGCUCCACAGCGUAUGCCCAAGAAAUCCAGAAACUCAGUAACUCCACAGCUGUGUACUUUCAGGACUACCAGACAUCCAAGGCCGCUGUGAGCUCAUUUGUGGAUGAGCAUGAGCCCACAAUGGUAGCCGGGAGCUGCAUCUCAGUCAUCAAACACUCUCCUCAGAGCUCUCUGUCUGAUGGGUCUGAGGUGUCCUCUGUGGAGCACACGCAGGAAAGUCCCGCUCGGGGAGGCUGCCGGAGCCCCGAGAACAAGUUCCCAGUGAUCAAGCAGGAGCCGGUGGAGCUGGAGAGCUUUGCCAGGGAAUCCAGGGAGGAGCGGGGUGCCUAUUCCACCUCCAUCUACCAAAGUUACAUGGGCAGCUCCUUCUCUACCUACUCCCACUCCCCACCCCUCCUGCAGGUCCAUGGGUCCACCAGCAACUCCCCGAGAACCUCAGAGGCCGAUGAGGGUGUUGUGGGCAAGUCCUCGGAUGGGGAAGAUGAGCAGCAGGUACCCAAGGGCCCCAUCCAUUCUCCGGUGGAGCUGCAGCGGGUGCACGCCACUGUGGUGAAGGUUCCAGAAGUGAACCCUUCUGCCUUGCCCCACAAGCUCCGAAUCAAAGCCAAGGCCAUGCAGAUCAAAGUGGAGGCUUUGGACAGCGAGUUUGAAGGCAUGCAGAAACUCUCUUCCCCAGCCGAUGUCAUGGCCAAAAGACACUUUGACCUGGAGAAGCAUGGCACCCCGGGUAUGGUCCAUUCCUCCCUCCCUCCUUUCUCAGUGCAGGUGACGAACAUUCAAGAUUGGUCCCUCAAAUCAGAACCCUGGCAUCACAAAGAACUGAACGGCAAAACUCAGAGUAGCUUCAAAACAGGCAUGGUGGCAGUCAAAGACGGUGGUUAUAAGGUUUCCGAGGCUGAGAAUUUGUAUUUGAAGCAGGGGAUGGCAAACUUAUCCACAGAGGUGGUCUCGCUCAAAAGAUUCAUAGCCACACAACCUAUCUCAGCCUCGGACUCCAGGUAAAUGACUACUGACUGAGUUGUGCAUGGAAGGGGAGGAGGAGGAGGAGGAGGAGGAGGAGGAGGAGGAGGAUGCUGUUGGUGCCAUGCCGAUUUCCACUGGACCUCUGCUGUCAUUUCACUGUAGUGUGCACACGGUGUCUGUCUGGUGUCCUUGUGUGCACACGCUGAAGACUUGAUGCCCUCACUCUGCCUGGUGUAUAGUCAGAUAGCCCCCACAGAGGCUGUACAUAUCGAACGUUAUUUUUGCUCUAUUAUAAAGUGUGUAUGUUGCCAGUUUCAAUAAAGGAUUGGUGACAAACACA